AUGAUGAUUAGGAAUCAAUUGUAUAGAAAGUGUAUUAUCGGUGGUGGUAGAUCGAUAUUGAAUGGCUGGGUGAUAAAUGGGACGGUUCCCAACAUUGGUCUUAGAUAUUUACGUUCAGGAAUUGUCACUAGAAGUAAUGAAAUCAAAACUUUAGAAGAUUUAUCGAAACUGAAGAAUCUUGAUGAUGUUGAUCCAGAAUUAAUAAGGAAACUGAUCAAUGAGAGGACUAGCGAAUUGAAUAUUCAAAAUGAAAUGGAAAUGUUGAAACAUAUUCAGAAUGAAGAGAGGAAAACUCAAGAUAUACCUAUUAAAAGAUUCAUCAGACCAACUUGGAUGUUCCUAUUGAUGAGUUCGACUUUUUACCUUUUAGGUCAUUACAUAUGGUGGAAACUUGAGUAUGAUGAAGUAGAGAAAGAAUUAGAUAGACAAGUGACUGCAUUAGAAGAAGAAUUGCAUAAUUUAAUUGAAGAACAUCGUGUACAUGGAGAAAAUGAAGCUAUUAAAAACAAAAAACAUAAACAUUGGUACAAAUUUUGGUCUUAG